AUGUGCGGAACUAGUGCAGAUAUUCUUGCUCACCAUGAACCCGAUAAGUCAUUGAUAGUGACAUGCGAUGCUAGCGCGCGCGGCGUGGGCGCGGAGUUAAGACGUAGGUCGCGGCACUCGUUAGCUUGUAGUAAAGUGCUAGAAAUCAGGCUAGUGAGAGAAGGGGGUCUAAGGAAGAUGCGGGUUUGUCGGGUUAGUCAACGGGAGCGGUUACCUCGGAAACACCCGCUGGCCCGCGACGUUUCCUUCCUUCCUGAGUCGGGUUCUCCAAGAAAGGGCAAUUUACCACAACCUGCCCUACCUGUAUCGCCCCAGCCUGACCCUGUACGACAGUGUAGAAUUAAUAAAUAG